GAGAAGGGAAAAGAAGUAAAAGAGGUCUGUGUGAGUGUUAAAGUUGACGCCACAUGUAUGAAUGCAUCCCCCACACAAUAUACAUCACUCUUGCCUUGGGGAUUUACUCUCUCCCAACACAGCGGACGAAGAGAGGCAGUUCAUCUUCUUCAUAGCUUAGAAUAUCCUCUUCUCACCUGUUCUUGCUCCUGCGGACAGAACCAUCAUGAGUGAGCAGAGCGAUGAUGAGGAGUACGGUUCACAGGGGAGUGAGGAAUCCGAGGACAGCGCAGAUCAGGUGCCAAUGGAAACACAGCUAGUUCAACGUACAUUCGACAGCCAACACCGUUCGGUUGUGCGAAUACUCGUCAGAGGUGAUGGAAACAAGAACUCAAUGUGCAGUGGUUGUGUUGCCCACAACAAUGGAGCAGCAUGUUCAGUGCUUACCACCUAUCACAUUUUCAAGCGAUUCAGUCAGGACAAUAUGCAGGUGUCGGUUCUCUUCCAUGGUAUGGAUAAGGAGGUUCCUGCUAAAGUGUUAAUUGCAGAACCCGAUAAGGAUCUUGCUGUUCUUCUUGUCCCUGAGGCUGUGCCCCUCUUUCCUCCUGUCGAGUUCUCCGAUGAGGUCGAUUUAUCUGGGAGAUAUGUUGUUAUGAUGGGAUUCUUUGGCCUUGACUGUCACUCUAUGGUCGUCGAACCAGGCGCAUCAAUUGGCCGUAUAAUGAGUGAACCUUUUAUUUACAAAGGUGUACCCUCCUUCGAGUGCUUCUACGCCAAUCACACGAUAGAGGUUGGCACGUCAGGAGGACCGGUCUUCCUGGAUGAGAAGGUUGUGGGGGUUAAUAUGGAAGCUGACAUUGGGAAGGUCUCUGCUAUCUCCAUGAACACAGUAAAAUGGGUGCUAAAGAGCCGGAUUGCUGGUGACAAUGUUCAGGACCUAACAAUCCCGGCAAUGCUUCAACAAAUUGCAAGCCAAUCCUAGGAUUGGCAAGCGCGUAUCCGUCAUUUAUGAUGAGUCCAGAACAAAAUUGGUGAACCAACGACUUGAUUUAGGGAACACUCAGAUGCUGUCAAGACUCACGAGUCCACAAGGAUUAACCGGAGAGUCCUCCUGCUUUCGAGCUAUGUUAAUUUCAGUGGCAUUCUUCUGGGUCGAUUAGUUUAUUCGCAGAGUACCUAGCUUGAGAUUCCUAUCUUGUUUAAUCUAGGUGUCAUGUCGCAGGGUCUGCUUAGUUUCCUUAGUAAUCGAAUGCUUGCAGUUAUAAUUUGUAACUUGAGACUUUAUAAGCGACUUCUGUAUGCUGCACUAGUUAAGUUUGUUGGACU